CCAAAACAGGGCGGUUAUUUUAAUUGUAAAAUAUCACAAAUUAUUACAUCAUACUAUGUUCAAAUUACUUUAUAGUGUUUUUUUGUUAAGUAAAACUAUAAUUCGAAAAAUAAAUACCUUAAUUUGUUAACACAUACCUUUUUUUUAAGCUCGCCGAGAUGCGGAUACCUAUUUUGUGUUCCAAUUUAAACACAUUUUGGUCACCACCAGCUUAAGAUCUGGUAUAUAUAUGUAAAUAAGUUUACAUAGCACCUAAAUAUACCUCUACACGUACACAUGGACACAUUUCGUGAAUGAAAAAAAAAAAGUUUAGAUGAUCACUCAUAGAUUUUUAUUUAUCACUUGCCUAGUGACAGUCAUGUGAGAUUUGCAUCUUGUUAGUAAUUUAAAUUAAUCAGAAUUACGCUCAAGAACUUUGAUGAUUUCACACAUCACAAACCGUCUUUUAAAAAUGGGAAUAUUCGAUAAUUCGUGAGCUACAAAUUUACCAAACAUUUCGUUCGCAGACUCAUAGUUCGAUUGUUCGUCUGUUUGUAUGCCGGCAUGAACCAUUACGAUAUUCGCUUGAGUUACCACAUCGUUCGAUAAAUUGACUUGUUCCGACCACUGUAAAUCUUUAUUCAUCAUAUCUUGAGCACUGUACGAGUCUGCUGAGCACUGUAUAUUUUCUUUGUUGUCUUCCCAUUUUCUUCCAUGACAUGAUUUUUUUGAUGUUGGUGGGCUAUCACAUUGUGUCAAAUCGUCAUCACUCUCUUCAAUCCGCAAAGAUCUCUCUAAAAACAAUAAUACCGCUGUGAAAAUUGGUGGUUGUGCAUACAUAACUCUAUAAAAUGCAAUAUAACUUUCUAACAUUAGCAAAAUCUUUUAAUAAAUAAUGAUUUUUUGAUAAUUAAUAACUCACUUGACAUGUUGAACAGCUACCUAAUUAAUCAGAUCUAAUUUAACCACAAAAACAGCACAAUUAGAUCAACGCAAGGUAACUGUUACCUACGUCUAAUUCAGUUCCGAAGGGAAUCCCCGACCAUAGACAAUGUAUAGUCCCACUUACCGUUAGGGAUGGGAUGCCCGAUUCGAAUAGAUUCCCUGUGAAUUGAUUCGUUUUGCCUGCACAUUAUCUACAUUAUAUUCUGAAGUAAUCAGUGUUUAAAUUUCGAAACGUUUUAUAAUUUACACAGCUACAGCUAAAAAAAGUUCUAAAAACCACUAAAACAUUCACGAAAAGCAACCUUGGGCAAAAUCUAUCUAAAUUUUUAAAUACUUAAACAUAAAUCGAUUUAUUUAGUACCAAUAAUAAAGAACUCUCCAGUCUUGGAGGAUGCUCAUGUUCAACAGUGGAUGAUUACGGGCUGACGAUGAUUAUAAUGAAUAAUAAAGAAAUAUUAAGAUUAUUGUUAAAAAAAAUCGAUUCCUUUCAAUUAUCGGACAUCCCCAUUUACUAUAAAGGUUUAUUUUUAUCUAUGGCCGUAUCUAUUGUCAGUGAUCGGGGAUUUCCCUGUCUUUAACUGGGCACAGAGACAGACAGAGCACAUUACACAGAGAACCGCUUCGCGCGAACCAGUUGCAAUUGCAAAGUUUGCUCGCAAUCUCAUUUAUUGUUCGUGAGUUUGGAAGAAUACGAAAUAAAUUUUAUUGUGUUUGUGUGUGUGUUCGUCGGCGUAAAUAAACUACUAUAUAGUGAGUAUUUACAUAAUGUUAAACCUAUUCAUUCAUCGCGUUUCAGAUAUACAGUGUAAACUCUAUAUAACGACACUAAAGGGACCGUAUAUAUUAUGGCGUUAUAAAGUUGUCGUUAAAUGGAAAGAAGAAAAAUCAGUUUAUUUCAAGCUAGUAGUUAUAUGUGAGCAUGACUCCUACCUACUUAUUAGUCAUAGUCAACAACAGUGUACACGUGCAAGCAAUCCCAAUUUGUAAACAAAAGAACGAAUUUCUUAGAAAGUUUGGUUAGCAUGAUGCCGACAGUCGAGUUUAUUACGGGCUAGGAUAAUAAAGCGACAAAAGAACUUACACACCUGCGCGAUUUUCACUAAUUUAGGCAACUUAAAAGGUGUAUUACUUAAUUGUUGUCGUUAUUGAGAGUGGUUGUAAUGCUAUAUGGAGUGUAUCAUUGUAUGGAAAACAAGCUAAACCAACCAAAGACGAGUGAUUUCGACGCUUUUAGGGAGUUUGUCGUUAAAUCGAGUGACGUUACAUGGAGUUUACACUGUAUUUAUUAUUGUUUAUCAUUUUCCGUGUGUACGACCUCAAUAUUAAUAAACCUGUAAAGUUGCACGUUGAAAUCUCUUAUUGUCUCUGUACCUACUUGACUUCAAUUGUAAUUUUUUUUGUUCUAGCUUUAUCAUGGGAAGGUCAAAGAACCAGAAAAUAUGGGAAUAUUAUCAGGAAAUUAAUGAUAAAACGAUCAAGUGCCGUUUUUGUGAGAUAGUAUAUAAACAGAAACAUGUCGUCAAAAUGACUAGACAUUUAUUGGUAUGUACCAAGACUCCACUUUUGGUGAAAAAACAAUUGAAAAAUGACAGUAACGAACAAUCUUGUAGUCAAACCAGUGUCACCAAAGGAAAGAAUGAGUCAUCAUCACUGACGAAACUAUUUGCAAAGGCCUUGUUUAUUUCAGGAGCACCAAUGUCGAUGGUACAACAUCCACUGUGGAGAGCGUUUUACGAAAAACUGAAUUUUAAAUUGCCUUCUAGAAAGACUCUUGCUACAAAGUAUUUAGAUACGCUGUACAAUGAAAUGUUCAAAGAAUUGUGUGACGAUCUCAAAAAAGCGACGUUCUUACACUUUCAAUGCGACGGGUGGAGCAAUAUUCGCAAUCAAGGCGUUAUCAAUUUUUUGAUAUCCAAGCCAGAAAUGGUAUUUGUCAAAAGCCUUGAUACCGAAGACCACCGUCAUACUAGUGAGUAUUUAUGCAGCGAAAUAGAAAAGGUUAUGAAAUCUUAUGGAGAGCAAAAAUUUGUCGUCCUUAUCGGAGAUAAUGCAAGAAAUCUGCAAAAGGCUUUUCAGAUGUUGCAAAUCAAAUAUCCUUCGAUAGUUCCUUUGGGAUGCGCUGCACACAGUCUUAAUUUAUUAUGUGCAGAUGCCAUGAAACUGCAUGUAAUUAAAGCCUGCAUCGAUCUUGCGACAGAUGUCAUUAAGUGUGUAAAAAGAAGUCAGGUACUCAGUGCACUUCUAUUUAAAAUCAGAAAAGACAAGAAUAUUCACGGCGAAACUUUGAAAUUACCUUGCAAAACUAGAUGGGGAAGCUAUGUUUCUGCACUAAAAAGCGUAGAAACCAACAAAGUUGCACUUCAAACUUUAGCAGUCAAUGAACACAUUCAACCAUCAACUGAGAUCAAGGCUACAAUUCUUGACGAAAACUUUUGGAUUAUGGUGAAUCAAUGUGUGAAUGUAUUGAAGCCAAUAACAGAAAGUAUAUUUCAACUCGAAGGAAAUGAUUACAACAUUAAUAAAGUUUUUAUGGUAUUGAAGAAUAUCAAAUCAAAAUUGCAAUUCAAUUUAGCUACAACAUCAAUUUUAGAGAAUGCGGACAAAGAGCUAUUGAUGACUGCUGUAGAAAAUAGGAUUGCACAGGUUAUUAAGCCGAUACACUUGGCUGCACAUUUACUGGAUCCUAUUGCUGUAGGACAAGAACUUGAUCAGAAUCAGGAGAUUGACGCGAUGGAGUUCAUUAAUGAUCUUGCGAAUAGUCUAAAUAUCGAUUGUGUAGCUGACUUGGCUCAAUAUAAAGGACGAGGUGGUUUGUGGAGUAAGCAGUUUACAUGGAAAGCCGCAGAAAGUGUUGAUCCUGUAAUGUGGUGGAGAGGAAUUUGUGGGUCUACUGCUCUGAGUAAAAUAGCUGUUCGUAUACUUACUGCACCCUGUACAUCAGCUGCUACUGAACGAUCUUUCAGUACCCACAGCUUCAUUCAUAGUGUGAAGAGGAACCGUCUUACUACAGAAAGAGCCGCCAAAAUUUCAUUUCUGGUAUAUAAUUGGAAUUUAUUGUACAGAGACUGUGUCUUGGAUGAUCAUGCUAGUUCGGAUGGUGAUAUUUAUGUGGAGCAUACAUCAGAUGAAGAAAGUGACGUAGACACGUCGAAUGAAACAACGAACGAACCGCAAGCGUCAACUUCUACAUCCAGAACAAUUGAAUUUGUCCCAAUAGAUCCUCUUUAUUAUAAUAGUGAUAGUGAUUAGCAGGCACGAAUCUUUAUUACCAUUUACGGUAAAAUAUCGAUUUAAAUAAUAUCGACCGACUGUGAUUUUAAUUGAUACUGUAACUUGUUAAUCAGCUAAACAGUUUAAAUUUUUUUAUUGUUGUUUUUACUUGAUAAACAAUGAAUCUGUGAUUUUUAUGAAAUUAGUUUUAUUACCAGUCUGCGUCAAUUAUUUAGCCAUCCAAAGAGUUUAAUUUUUCAAU